AUGAAGCCGUCUCAGCCGAUGAUGGCGCGUCUGCGCCUGACGACGAAGCAGGUCAAUGGCGGUUACUACAAGGGUAACCGGACCGGUUCGAUGGGUUACUUUGCGAAGAACGGAUCAUACGUGAUUGACUGGAAGAAGGUCCGCACAUAUGUUGUACCUGAGAACCUGAGCUCCUUCAAGCUCACUCCCUUCGUCACGAAUCUCAUGAACCCCACAAAGAGCAAGUACACACAGGAGGUUGAGCGGAACGGACGCACCUACACAGUCGACACGGCUCUCCGAGGAAAGGAUUUCCUUGAAAUCUGGUCGACGGAUAACGGCGAGGAGGUGGUCAAGCAGGAGGAGAUCGAUAAGAAAGAGGAAGCGCGCCAGGGCAAGGUUGCGGCCAAAGCUGCUAAACGUGCCGAAGCUGGCAAGGCGUAG